UAGUCUUCAAAACCAAUUUUCUUAUGAGAUUUUUUCACCGCCUGCAAACAAAGUGUUUUUCAUCGAAAUAGAAUACCAAUUUGAUACACAGAAGUUAAUUUUCAUUCAUUGUUUUAAUUUCAAAAACGUGUUCAUUCUGUCUGAAAGUCAAUUCUUAUUUUGGCGACCCCUAAACUAGUAAACAAAGCUCCAUGCUGUCAACGCGAAUAUAACAGUUGGAAAUACAAAAAACAAAUAAAACUGAACUGAUGUCAUAACACGAAGAGCGAGUGGCGGUCAGUUCAUUUGAAUCUAACAGUUCAUACUCUCUGCAAUUCUACUGCUCUUUUCCGUCCUGCAUCAUUAUCAAAGUGAGCUGAAGAGCUGUUUGUUUUUUUUGUGAGCUGUUCCUUGUCAACCCACUUCAAAGAGUCGAUUCUUCGGAACAGCUCAUAAGCGAAUGGCACAUCUCUAUGAUGAGGUAAGAUGUGUUUUGUGAGCUCGUCUAUAUCCGCAAUGGCGUGUGCUAGCUUCGUACUGUUUGGCCCUGCGUACCGUAGAUAUUUACAGUUAGGUGUGACGCUAAUCACUCGGCCACGGGAGCACCUCGUAGCAACCUCUACCGUAAUUGGAAAGAUUGACUCAAAAAAGGUGUCUAGGUGUAAUCGGAACGGCGUUGAAGUAUGUUUGUAUUUUAGCAUUUUCUAUAUUAAAAGAAAAUAAUAAAUAUUGUAAUGAGUUUUCUGAUGACUGACAGAAUACCCAAUUGAACCUUGAUACCUCCCUCAUAUUUUAGAACAGAAUGUUUGAAUUUGAAUAAGAGCCAUAGAAAGAACCGAUUAAAUCCGUAUACUUUACAUUUUAUCAUAAAAUUUGGACAAAAACCUAUCAUUCGAAAGAGAUCAACAAUCUAGAGUAGCGUUGGACGAAUCAUAAGAGCCUAAACGGAGACUAUGCUGGAAAAAAAGUUUACCUCAAACAAUUGAGUGGUUUUUAUUCUUGCACGGAUUUUUCAUAUGACUCUCGUAUCUGUUUAAUAUACUUCUUCCUCUCAAUGUUUUGUUUCUUGCGAUAUAAUUCAUAUUUUUUUCUGAGUGUAGUUACUCACAAAGAACUUGGUAUCACUGAAUCAUAGUUUUUGAAGUUUAGCAUUCGCGUUGACGGCGGAAUGGUGUCGACAUCUGGAUACGACAUUAGUUUGUAUGAGACCAACUAUUCCCUAUGAGAUUAGUCGGCCCUAAGACAGUUUUAAAUUACUAAAAUUUGUAUGAUUUUUUUUCUUUGCGUUAUUUACUUAUUAGAAGUUCGUUGUUCUGACCCUAAUUUAAACUAUUUUCUAUGAAUUUUCAGAUAUUUUCACCAAAACUUACCAUUAUAAUAUAAAAUCAUCUCUAGACUCAAUUUUUAUAUGAUAUUUUUCCACUACUUGCAAGCGAAAGUAAUUUUCAUUUACAUAGAGUACUAAUUUGAUUUUGGAAAAAAAAAUUCAUUCAUAAUUUUCAUUUUAAAAGUAUGUUCAUUUCUUCUGCAAACCGAUAUUGUCAUGCCUACUCCCCCAUUUCGUAAUACGAAGCUCAAUGCCGUCAACGCGGAUGAUGGUUUAUUUACAUGUAAAGUAACAUGUAUGUAAAUAAUGAGUAAUGUGUUAUUGUUGUAGUUUUUAAUACCCCGUUUAACAACAUUUGAUAGAGAUCGAGGUAUUCACAAUAUUACAAACAAAACCACCAGUGAUUAUUGAGUCAAAACUUAUAUGUUUUACUCAUACUGCACAUAUUAUUCAGUUGAAAAUGUCGCUAUAUAAGUUGAGAGUUGCUGGUCUAGAAGAUAUUUUACAACAAGAUGUAAUUGACAUGAAAUUGCUGAGAGAAUUUUGUUUCAACGGCAUUCCCGAUUGCAGUAGUCUACGUUCCUUAUGUUGGAAAUUAUUGUUAGGAUACUUAGGACCCAAGAGAGAAACCUGGUCCGCUACCUUUGUCAAAAAACGUGAACUAUAUAAACAAUUCAUAGAUGAGAUGGUAAUCCCACCAGGGGAACAGAAUGGAUCAGGUUUGGUAGAUCACCCUUUGAGCGAUGGUCCCGAGAGCAAUUGGAACACAUUUUUCAAAGAUAACGAAGUUCUGUUACAGAUCGAUAAGGAUGUUAGAAGACUGUGUCCGGACAUAUCGUUUUUUCAACAGGCAACAGAGUUCCCCUGUCCCUCGGUUGUAAACAGAGAACGAAAACUUCAUGUAAGAGUUGCUCCAACUACACUAAGUUCCGCCAACGUAGAGAGGAAAGGUUUAGGCAUGACAAAGAUCAAUUUAAUAACGAAACGAGCCACCGAAAGCUACGAAGCAAUGGACGAAGGAAGAGAAGCCCACUGGGAGGUGGUGGAACGGAUUCUCUUCAUUUAUGCCAAGCUGAAUCCUGGACAAGGUUAUGUGCAAGGCAUGAAUGAAAUAAUUGGUCCAAUCUAUUAUGUGAUGGCAUCCGAUCCCAACAUUGCAUAUCGACAAUACGCUGAAGCUGACUGUUUUUUCUGCUUCACUGCCUUGAUGGGUGAGAUUAGAGAUUUUUUCAUAAAAACUCUAGAUGAAUCCGAAGGCGGCAUAAAAGGAAUGAUGGCAAGACUGUCGAACAUGUUGAAGGAGAAAGAUGGCGAAGUGUGGACAAAACUAAAAGACCAGGAAUUAUAUCCGCAGUAUUACAGCUUUAGAUGGUUAACCCUUUUGCUCUCGCAAGAAUUUCCACUGCCUGAUGUUCUUCGAAUUUGGGAUUCAGUCUUCGCUGACGAAAAGCGUUAUGAUUUUCUCGUUAAAAUAUGUUGUGCUAUGAUAGUGUUACUCCGAGAACAAAUACUUGUGAAUGACUUCGCGAACAACGUCAAACUAUUGCAAAACUUUCCACCAAUGGACGUUAAAGUGAUACUCAAAAAAGCUACUAGCUUCGAUUAGAUGUAUUUUUCCUACACUUCAUGCCAUAAAAUAUUGCGACUUUUUACUUUAGGAAUCAUGCAGAUUCAUUCACUGAAAAAACAACCCAUUUACAAGCUGUAUUGUGAAGAGUCUCAUUGUAAAUUUACUACUCUCAUAUUUUUAUAUGUAUGUUAUAACCAUGAAAAAAAUAAAAAAGCAAUUUUAAAC